AUGGAGGUGAAUUGUUUAACACUAAAAGACUUGAUCAGCCCCAGACAGGCCAGACUAGAUUUUGUGGUUGAAGAUGCAGAAAAUGCACAAAAGGAAAAUAUAUUUGUUGAUCGAUCAAGGAUGACCCCAAAGACUCCGAUGAAAAAUGAACCGAUUGAUCUGUCCAAGCAGAGAAUCUUUACCCCAGAAAGGAGUCCCAUUACUCCAGUAAAGCCGGUCGACAGGCAGCAGCAGGUGGAGCCGUGGACGCCCACAGCCAACCUCAAGAUGCUUAUCAGCGCUGCCAGCCCAGACAUAAGAGACAGAGAGAAGAAAAAGGAGCUGUUCAGACCCAUUGAGAAUAAAGAGGACGCGUUUGUGAACUCCCUGCAGCUCGAUGUCAUUGGUGACGGUAGUGUGGAUGACUAUGAAAAGCAGAGGCCAAGCAGAAAACAGAAGAGCUUAGGACUGCUGUGCCAGAAGUUUCUAGCUCGCUAUCCAAGUUACCCACUGUCGACUGAGAAAACCACCAUCUCCCUAGAUGAAGUCGCCCUCAGCCUCGGCGUGGAAAGGAGACGCAUCUAUGACAUCGUGAACGUGCUGGAGUCGCUGCAUCUGGUCAGCCGGGUGGCCAAGAAUCAGUACGGUUGGCACGGUCGGCACAGCCUGCCUAAAACCCUGAGGACGCUCCAGAGACUGGGAGAGGAGCAGAAAUACGAAGAGCAGAUGGCCUGCCUCCAGCAGAAGGAGCUGGACUUGGUGGAUUAUCGCUUUGGAGAACGCAGGAAAGACAGCUCCCCGGAUCCCCAAGAUCAGCACCUACUCGAUUUUGCUGAAUCCGACUACCCUUCCUCAUCUGCAAAUAGCCGGAAAGAUAAAUCUCUAAGAAUUAUGAGCCAGAAGUUUGUCAUGCUGUUCCUCGUCUCCAAAACCAAGAUUGUUACCCUGGACGUGGCUGCCAAAAUCCUCAUAGAAGAGAGCCAAGACACCCCGGACCACAGUAAAUUCAAAACAAAGGUACGGCGGCUCUAUGACAUAGCCAAUGUUCUGACCAGCUUGGCUCUGAUAAAGAAAGUACACGUCACGGAAGAGCGAGGCCGGAAGCCAGCCUUCAAAUGGAUCGGGCCCGUGGACUUCAGCGCCAUCGAUGAAGAACUGCUGGAUGUCUCUGCAUCUGUCUUACCGGAAUGGAAGAAAGAAACCUACGGCCAGAUUCGAGUGUGUGCGAAACAGCGGCUAGCUCGCCACGGUUCCUUCAACACGGUUCAGACAUCUGAGAAGAUCCAGAGGAGAGUGAGCUCAGAACCCAGCAGCCCACAGGGAGGAAAACAAGGAUCAGCCUAUUCCCUAGAAAUUGGAAGUCUGGCAGCCAUCUACAGACAGAAAGUAGAAGAUAAUUCACAGGGGGAAGCCUUUGCCAGUAAGAGAGCAACCCCUCCAGCAAGCAGCUUGGACCUAGCCCACCCGGUCUUUUCUGUCGCUCAGACAGAUUUGCAGGCUUUCCCCACGCAGAAGGGUCCACACGGACAAGGUGGCGGCCACCUUCCUUCCGCAGCCUCUGAUGCGGAGAGCCUGAAGCCGGCUCUGCUGGCCGGCCAGCCCCUGGUGUACGUGCCCUCCUCGCUGUUCAUGCUGUGUGGUAGCCUGCAGGAGGGACUGUCCCCAGAGCCGAGAGCCGAGGAGGAGGAUGGCGGCUCAGAGGUCCCAGCUGACCUGUCACUGGCACCCUCAGCUCAGAAGCGCCUGUGUGAGGAGAGGAGCCCCCCAGAAGAAGAUGAGCCCGCCGUGAAGAGACAAAGUCAGGACUUUGAAGACAGCCCCUUAUCCCUAGUUAUGCCCAAGAGACCCUCAAAUUCCACAGCCCUCGCCUCUCCUGUGUCGACUACGGGAGAUGGGAGAGCCACCCCGAUGGAAGACGCCUGUGUAAAGGGUCAGCUCCCCGCGGCCAUGGAAGACGUUUCCGGCAGGGCUGUGGCAAACUGCUGCUUCCUGGCUUCUGAAUGUGGCAACCCACUGAGAAAUCCGGACGCUGAGAAGUCUUCAAACGAAAAUGGGAUCACCAAAGACGCCUCCCUGCCGCAGUAUCUCUAUGUGCAGUCUCCAGCAGGGUUGAACGGUUUCAACAUGCUCCUCUCAGGCAGUCAAACCCCGCAUGCUGCAGGGCCAUCCUCGGGUCAGCUGCCAUCCUUCGGCGUGCCUUGUAUGUUCUUGCCAUCCCCAAGCUUGGCCCCCUUUCCGGUUCUCUACUCCCCCGCCAUACCCGGGCCCAUUCCUUCAGCUCCUGGUACUCUCCCAAACACCGGACCCAUGAAUUUCGGCUUGUCCACCCUGGGAUCGACCGCUCACCUUCUCCUCAGCCCUGCAGCCAUGGUCAACCCCAAGCCAUCCAGCAGCAUCCCUUCCGCGGACCCUCAGCUCCAGUGCCAGCCCCCCCUAAACCUGAGUCCAGGGAUGCCAGGCUCCCACAGUGUCAUCCACCCCGAGUCCCCCAGUUACGUGAGACAUCCGGUAUCGAUGGUAAAUGUAGAACAGUCACCUGCACCAGCGACCCCCAAGAGCAUCCACCGGAGACACCGGGAGACAUUUUUCAAGACCCCUGGCAGCCUUGGAGACCCUGUCUUUAAGAAAAGAGAAAGGAGCCAAUCACGAAACACUAGCUCAGCCCAGAGACGACUAGAAAUCUCGAACAGUGGGCCUGACUAG